AUGGGUGGCGUGUUGGGAGGGGCUCCGUUCAACGACCAAUUCCACCAUCCAUCAGCUUUGCAGGUAGGGCUGAUUACAGGGUUGUAUGACAUUGGUUGUCUGCUGGGUUCUCUGGGAGCGCUGCUGUUCAGCGAGGCGCACGGAAGGAAGAGGUCAAUCAUUUUUGGCGCUCUUGUGUCUCUGAUCGGAGCCAUACUUCAGAGCACUGCUAAAACGGUCCCCCAUCUGAUGGUUGCGAGAGUCAUCACAGGUGUUGGAGUUGGUGUCAUGACGGCGAAUGUUCCUGUAUGGCAAUCUGAAGUCUCAAAUGCGAACAAUCGAGGAAUACUUGUCACCAUCCAAAGCGCCAAUAUCAACUCUGGCUUUGUACUAUCCACCUGGGUGACAUUCGGCACAGCAUAUGUCACACGCAGCCAAUUCCAAUGGGUAUUCCCGAUCGCCUUGCAGGUAGUCUUUCCGGUCUAUCUGUUGAUAAUGGUGCCGUUCCUCGUCGAGUCACCCCGUUGGCUAGCUCUUCAUGGGUCCACAGGCCAGGCAACCAGAGUCAUCGCUCAGCUUCGCGAUUUGCCUGAAGACGAUGAUGAAGUUGUGCGAACGCGAAACGAGAUUGAAUUGGCACUGGAGGCUGAGAAGCCGGGCUCGUUUUUGGAUCUCUUCAGGAAUGGAGGACAACAGAACUUCAGAAGAAUGAUGCUUGGAGUGACUGCUCUCAGUAUGCAGCAGUUGACUGGUAUCAACUCGGUUGCAUACUAUAUCCCAGUCAUUCUGCAAGAGUAUGUCGGACUGAGCAAUGUGAUAUCGCACAUUGCAGCGGCGGCAGGCUCGACACAGUGCCUUUGUUUCUCUUUCCUUCCAAUACUGUACAUCGAGAGGAUCGGCCGUCGGAAGAGCUUGCUUAUUGGUGCCGCUGGCAUGACCAUAGCCAUGGUUCUGAUCUGCAUCGGGUUCAACAUCCACACUAAAGGGGCUCCUAUCAUGAUCACGGUCAUGUAUUACCUGUUUUAUGACUUCUUCACCACAUCCUACCUCAGCGUACCAUGGAUGUAUGCGGCGGAAAUCAACUCCCUUCGAACAAGGUCGCAAGGCAUGGCUCUGGCAUCUGCUUCAAAUUGGCUGCUGAACGGUGUCAUCGUCACCAUUACCCCCAUUGGCCUGCAAAAUCUUGGCUGGAGAUUUUACAUCGUCUGGACGACGAUCAACUUCUCCUUCAUUCCGAUCGUGUACUUCUUGUUUCCAGAGACAGGUGGACUUUCUCUUGAACAAAUCGACCAUAUAUUCGAAGGCAAGGGACAGGGUUGGAGCGGCUUCACACAAGGUGUGCACGAAAGCACGCAAAGAUCCCUCCGUCAUCACCAAUGGGCCGAAGUGGCUGAGAUGCACCCCCAUCAGGUCGACGAAAAUGCCUUGGAGGAGAAGGAGAAAUUUCCGAACUCGACUGAGGUUGAGAAUAUCUAG